AACCAUCAGAGCAGCUGAGGUUACAAUAGCAGUGUAAAUAAAAGCUGUUCUUCCUUCUGCGCCUCUAUUUCUUUUGUUUAUAGUGAAAUUCAGCUAUAAACCGAGGAGGAGACUGAGAAAGAGAUUAUAAUACGAUGCAGUGAGUUCCGAGAGAAACGUACAGAAGGAUUAAUAGCAGUAAGCAGGUGAAGUUCAGCAUGUGUUCGUGUCUCCAUCUGUGCUGUGAUUAAUGGGCACUUUAAGGAUCAUGAUGGCACCGAAGUUUCAGCUCCUGGCGCUGAUGACCUUCGCAGUAACCAUGUUGUUCCUGGAGAAUCAGAUCCACCAGCUGGAGGAGUCCAAAGGCAAACUGGAGCGCGCCAUCGCCAGGCUGGAAGUGCGCGACAUUGAGGAACGACGCACUCAGGAGGGACUGAGGGAAUCUCGUGAGGACACAGAGAACGGCGUGGUGGUCAUCUACAACCGAGUUCCCAAAACAGCCAGCACUUCCUUCACCAACCUCGCAUACGACCUGUGCAGCAGGAACCACUACCACGUCCUGCAUAUCAACACCAGCAAGAACAACCCCGUCAUGUCCCUGCAGGACCAGGUGCGCUUUGUGAAGAACGUGACGAUGUGGAAGGAGAUGAAGCCCGCGCUGUACCACGGCCACGUUUCAUUCCUCGACUUCUCCAAAUUUGGUGUGAUGAAAAAACCCAUCUACAUCAACGUUGUGCGUGACCCCAUCGAGCGCCUGGUGUCUUAUUACUACUUCCUGCGUUUUGGGGACGAUUACAGACCGGGUUUGAAACGCAGGAAACAGGGGGACAAGAAGACAUUUGAUGAGUGUGUUGCUGCAGGAGGUUCAGACUGCGCUCCAGAAAAACUGUGGCUCCAGAUCCCCUUCUUCUGCGGUCAUUACUCGGAGUGCUGGAACAUCGGCAGCCGCUGGGCCCUGGAGCAGGCCAAGUAUAACCUGAUCAACGAGUACCUGCUGGUGGGCGUGACCGAGGAGCUGGAGGACUUUGUGAUGAUGCUGGAGGCUGCACUGCCUCGAUUCUUCAGAGGAGCCACUGAGCUCUAUAGGACAGGUAAAAAAUCCCACCUGAGGAAAACCAGUGAGAAGAAGCCGCCCACUAAGGAGUCCAUCGCUCGGCUUCAGCAGUCAGCCAUCUGGAAGCUGGAGAACGAGUUUUACGAGUUUGCUCUGGAGCAAUUCCAGUUUGUCCGAGCUCACGGCGUGCGGGAGAAGGACGGAGAGCUGUACCUUCUACCCCAGAACUACUUCUAUGAGAAAAUCUACCCCAAGGCCACAUGAGAGGUGUGAAAGCACGGCUGUAGCGCAUUUACUGUCGUCAUGUUCACUGGAGGAGGACGGUCCGCCUCCGAGAUCUGUCCGUCUGCUGCUGCGGCUGAACCUUUUACAGCCGAACAGCUUCCAGAUUUGACCUUUUUUUUUUGUCUUUAUGUUCAUUCAGCUGAUACUUUUACACCUGAAGCACAGAGAUGAGCUCAAGGAUCUACAGAAGCAGCUGAACUUGUCAGACUUCUGAACACUAACCACAGGAGAACAUGUAGGAUUUAGAGCUUCAGAUUCCAUGACGUGAACAGACGGAAGUUAAUGCAGACAAAUUAUUACAAAACAUCAAGCUAACUUAUCUACAGUCACUUUUAUUGACUAGGUAGAAUUUUGGAUAAAAUUGUUUAAAGGAGCAGGUUGUGGUGUUUAGUGGAGAUUGUAUUGUUUAUUUUUUAUUAAAGAACGAUGUCAUUUUUUUUUUUAUCCAUUUAUCAUUACUUCUAAUGUUCAUUUAUUUCCUUUUAUCCCAUUUGUUAAAGCAGAUAUUAACACUCGUUUCCUCACCAGCCUUUCUUUAUUCUUUCUCUUCUCUCUCUGCAUUAUGCUCCAGAGAUUAAGUAUAAACUCUGUCCUGAAGUUGUCUCUCUCACUGGAGACUCCUUACGUUACGGUAAACUUCACCGUAUCAACGACUGCAUCCACUAUACAACUUCUUGUGGAGCUGUUGCUAUGGAAACACUAUCAUAUAUUUGUAUAGAUUGAGCACAUUAAUAUAAACAUGUGCUACAAGCAGAGCUGCUGUUGUAGAGAGUUAAUCAACACCUGCUGACCAAUCAGAACGCAGGAUUUGGCAGCACUGCGAUGUAACCCGACUGCUCUCUCCGUACGUCUGUCCUUCAACAAAGGGCGUCUAUGUUCCCGUUAGGGGGUGGGGCUAAUGUCACAGACGAAUGCAUUAGCAUAACAGUGUUGUGAAUUGUCUAAUCCUAAUCUCUUUAAUAUGAUGUCAUUGGUACAGGGCGAGUUUCACCUCUAAACAUUACACACCGCUCCUUUAAAUCAUCGCACAGGAUCGUCACCGUGAUAUUCGUCCGUUCCGCCAUAUGAGGCAUCGCUGCAUGUUUUACUGACUCUCGUUUUUUGUUUUUUUCAUAUUAAAUGCUGUUCAGUUGAUCAGCUCCAUGAGAUUUCAAUUGGUGUGGAAAUCAUUAUCUUUAAUUGUAUAACAAUAAUAAUGUUAACCGUCUUUUUUUUUUUAUCGCGGUAUAUAUCGUCACGCCGAUGUACCGUAACGCCUCCAGCUGUGAACUCAGGGUUGGAUAAUAUAAUAUAGCCGUUGCACCUAUUUUUAAAAGAUUUAAGGUCACAGAAUUCCUGUUCACGUCAUCACCCAGACGCUACAACGCUGUAAAAGACACAGAUUUCUACACGAUCCUGUAGUUUUGUUAUUUAAUGAACCCUUUCGCACCAUUUAGAUCUUUUCCUCUAUGUUCUUAUUCUUAUGGACUAAAGCUGAAGAACACUGGUCUAUAAUUCUGUACUUACGCUGUACCACUGGAUACUGAAUUCUUAUCAAUAUUUUAUGUAGAGGAAGCAUGUUCUAACACUUUCUUUCGUUUUCACUACGAUGUUCAUAUUGUAGCUCUUUUUUUCUCAUGAAUAUUCACAUCCUGAUCUUUACAUAAUUAAGUUCAUAUUAUGCUUCAUAAUCUAAUGGUCUAUGCAGACUUUUUUAUUUUUUUAUUUUUUUUGUACGAAUAGCAGAUUUAUUUACACAUUUAAUCUUAAUUUUUAUCUGCACUAUUUAUCUGCUUUCCCACUUUAGUUCUACCUUUGUACUGUGGAGGGCGGAGCUUAUAGGGGAGGGGCGAUAUGAAACGACGCUAAUUCCUGGUUUAUAAUAUGGCCGCCUUCAUAACAGGUCAUAUAUUCAAAAGCAGUUAGAUUCUGAUAAAAUCUGUGGGCAACUUAAAAAUAAAUAAUAAUAAUAAUAAUAAUAAUAAUAAUAAUAAUAAUAAUAAUAAAUAAAUUAAUUAAAAAAAAAAUUAAGAAAAAAGGCAAAAACACUGGCUGAGUUUCUGUGUUUACAUGCAAAGAUUAUCACCAGUAGAGAUUAUUAUGUAUUUUUUAUUUUUUUUUUUACAAUGGUCAAUUUCUAAUGAAGGGGGGCACGGUGGCUUAGUGGUUAGCACGUUCGCCUCACACCUCCAGGGUUGGGGGUUCGAAUCCCUCCUCCCCCUUGUGUGUGUGGAGUUUGCAUGUUCUCCCCGUGCCUCGGGGGUUUCCUCCGGGUACUCCGGUUUCCUCCCCCAGUCCAAAGACAUGCAUGGUAGGUUGAUUGGCAUCUCUGGAAAAUUGUCCGUAGUGUGUGAUUGUGUGAGUGAAUGAGAGUGUGUGUGUGUGCCCUGCGAUGGGUUGGCACUCCGUCCAGGGUGUAUCCUGCCUUGAUGCCCGAUGACGCCUGAGAUAGGCACAGGCUCCCCGUGACCCGAGGUAGUUCGGAUAAGCGGUAGAAGAUGAAUGAAUGAAUGAAUGAAUUUCUAAAGUAGACACUCGUUACUUAAAAUCUGAUCCCUAUACCUGCUUUGAGAAAAGUUGCACAACAUUUUUAUAUUCACCCAAAAUUCAGCUUUUUCAGCUAAAACACUGAGCUCCUGAAACGUCCUCGCUGAAUUCCUGCUGAAUGUUAAAAACUUACUGGGCUUUUUUUCCUGCUGGAUCACACACCCACAGUCUCAGUCAAUUAAAACCUCUUAACGUUGAA